AUGUCCAACACACAUUUCACAGUGAACGUUCUUGAGCAAUGCAGAAUCACUCCCCCACCCAACACAACUCCAACAACCUCUAUCCUACCACUAACCUUCUUUGAUCUUCCUUGGCUCUUCUUCUCUCCAAGCCAACCCCUCUUUUUCUAUGAAUUCCCAACCUUUCACUUCACAACUACAAUACUCCCAAAACUAAAGCAAUCUCUCUCCCUCACACUUCAACAUUACUAUCCUUUUGCUGGUAGCUUUGUGCCAUCACAUGAUCACUCCAAACCUCAUCUCAUUUACACUAAUAACAACUCAGUUCCAUUGACAAUAUCUGAGUCAAAUGGCAACUUCAACCACUUUUGUAGCAAUCACAUUAGAGAUGUCAAAGAUUUCCACUUACUUGUACCCAAAUUGGCAUGUGAAGGUAAUGAGUUUCCUUUGCUAGCUAUUCAAGUAACAUUAUUCCCACGUGUUGGCAUUUGCAUCGGUAUUACUUUUCACCAUGUUGUUGCUGAUGGGAGAACCUUCCACAAUUUCUUCAAGACAUGGGCCUCAUAUUGUAGCUCAGGGUCAGCUUCAACAUUCCGACCAAAGUCACUGCCAUGUUGUGACCGAAGUGUGAUUGUUGACGCAAAUGGCCUUGAAGAGGUUUUCUUGAAAGAAUGGAAAAAAAGAGGACUAGCACAGGGUAUUGCCAUAGGUAGAGAAGCCAAACUGGUAGAUCUUUCAGUCUUGGUUCGAGCCACUUUCUUAAUGGGUACCACUCAAAUGGAGAAAAUUAAAUGCUUGAUUAUUAAUUGUUGCAAGGAUAAGAACCAGCCUCAGCCUGUUCAUUUAUCUGCUUAUGUGUUAGCUUGUGCUUUUACAUGGGUUUGUCUACUCAAAACCCAACAAAGUGUGAAUGUGAAAGCAAUCCAUGAAGACAACACAUACUUGGGAUUCAUUGCUGGUGGAAUAACUAGAUUGGACUAUGCGGUGCCAAUGACGUAUUUGGGUAAUUGUGUUGGCUUUGGCAGGGCAUCAGUGAAGAGAGAAGACAUACUAGGAGAAGAUGGGGUUGUUGCUGCAGCUAAAGCAAUUGGAAGCACGAUUAAGAAACUUGAUGCAUCAAUUUUUGCGGGUGCAGAGAAAUGGAUUUUGGAUUGGGAUGUGUUACAUGGGUCAAAACAGCACGUGUAUGCUACCUGGUCUCCAAAAUUGAAGCCUUAUGAAUUAGAUUUUGGGUGGGGGAGGCCCAAGAAAAUAGAGGAGAUCUCAAUUGAUUUUACAGGAGCUUUUUCACUCAUACAAAGCAGAGACAUUGAGGGUGGAAUUGAAAUAGGCUUAGCUUUACCCAAGAAUGAAAUGGAUACUUUCUCCAUUUUGUUCACCAAAGGGCUUGAUGCUCUACCAUGAUCUACUCUAGCGAGACCUUCUACUGAUCCAUGUCUCUUGCAUG